AUGCUGCAGCGUCUACUCAUCACCCUGCCCGCAGAGGCCGGCACCUGGGUGAAGUUGCACCACCCCAACAAGGCCAAGGAGGGGGCACCUCUGUGGGAGGAUGUGACUAAGUUGUUAGAAAGAGAAGCUCUGCUGUCUCAGGCUGCUCGGGAGACCCAGGGAGAAAGUUUAGAGGGUGAAGUGGCCUCUGGACCCCUGACAGUGGAAUCCCAGGACUUACUGACCUUCAAGGACAUCUCUGUGGACUUCACCCAGGAGGAGUGGGGGCAACUGGCCCCCGCCCACCGGAAUCUGUAUCGGGAGGUGAUGCUGGAGAACUACGGGAACCUGGUGUCAGUGGGAUAUCAGUUUUCCAAACCUGGUGUGAUUGCACAGUUGGAGAAAGGAGAAGAACCAUGGCUGAUUGAAAACACUAUUGCAGGAGGUCCAAGUGCAGAAUUGGGGGACAAAACAGAAACCAAAGAAUCAACCAUAAAGAAUGGCAUUUCUUGGGAAGAAUUACACCAUGGCCUGAUAAUGGAAAGGCCCACAAGAGGAAACACCUUCAGUUCCACAUUGGAAAGAAUUUCCAAACAUGACAUCUUAGAAAAUCACCAGAAUAACCAAGGCAUGGGUGAAGGGCAUGUCUCCUUGAACCACAAGAAAAUGCCCACUCAGGAAAGUAGCCUAGAAUCUAACAGAUUUGAGAAAAGUAUUAAUAUGAGCUCAAAAGUUGUUCCAGAGCCAGUAGGGUCUUCAAGAAAAAGAGACCACAAAUAUGCCAUACCUGGGAAGAAUGGUAGAUACAAUCUAGAUAUGAUUAAUUGUUCAAGGCGUUACACAAGAAUGAAAACCUUUGAAUGUAAUAUUUGUGAAAAAAUAUUCAAACAACUCAUUCACCUUACAGAACAUAUGAGAAUUCAUACUGGAGAGAAACCUUUCAGAUGUAAAGAAUGUGGAAAAGCCUUUAGCCAAAGUUCAUCACUUAUUCCACAUCAAAGAAUCCAUACUGGUGAGAAACCCUAUGAAUGUAAGGAAUGUGGGAAAACCUUCAGACAUCCAUCAUCUCUAACUCAACAUGUUAGAAUUCAUACUGGUGAGAAGCCCUAUGAAUGUGGUGUAUGUGAGAAGGCAUUCAGCCAGAGCAUUGGGUUGAUCCAGCACUUGAGAACUCAUGUUAGAGAGAAACCUUUUACAUGCAAAGACUGUGGGAAAGCUUUUUUCCAGAUUAGACACCUUCGGCAACAUGAAAUUAUUCAUUCUGGUUUGAAACCCUACAUUUGUAAUGUGUGCAGUAAAACCUUUAGCCAUAGCACGUACCUAACUCAACACCAGAGGACUCAUACUGGGGAAAGACCUUAUAAAUGUAAGGAAUGUGGGAAAGCCUUUAGCCAGAGAAUACAUCUUUCUAUCCACCAGCGAGUCCACACUGGAGUGAAACCUUAUGAAUGUGGUCAUUGUGGGAAAUCUUUUAGGCAUGAUUCAUCCUUCGCUAAACAUCAGAGAAUUCAUACUGGAGAAAAACCUUAUGAUUGUAAUGAAUGUGGAAAAGCCUUCAGCUGUAGUUCAUCACUUAUUAGACAUUGCAAGACACACUUAAGAAAUACCUUCAGCAAUGACCCAUAAACUGUGUUCAAACAGCAAGAAGUCCGCAUCUUUAAGCAAAAGCCUCUCUGUUUUUUUUGACUUAGAUUUCAAGGGUCAGUAAUUUUUUAAUGGUUUGAU